GGGUGGUUAGGUAGUUCCCGAAGUCACGUCGAAGAACAAUACAAUCAGCUGUUCGUUUAUCGAAUCCACAAAAAACAUCUAACCAAGCUGUCAUUGUCGACAGGGAGAGGCAAAGACCAGUGAAAUGUCAUUCCUCUUUGAUUGGAUCUACAGAGGCUUUAGUGGUGUGCUACAGUUUUUAGGGUUGUACAAAAAAUCUGGAAAGUUGGUUUUCCUGGGGUUGGAUAAUGCUGGUAAAACAACCCUUUUGCAUAUGCUGAAAGAUGACAGACUUGGACAGCAUGUGCCCACGUUGCAUCCAACAUCGGAAGAGUUGACGAUAGCUGGAAUGACAUUCACCACGUUUGAUCUGGGUGGUCACGUACAAGCUAGAAGAGUUUGGAAGAACUACCUGCCGGCUAUCAAUGGAGUUGUCUUUCUGGUUGACUGUGCUGACCAUGACCGCCUUACAGAAUCUAAAAUCGAACUUGAUGCUCUGUUAGCAGAUGAGACCAUCCUCUCUGUGCCUGUGCUGGUCCUGGGUAACAAGAUAGACCGUCCUGAAGCCAUCAGUGAGGGGGGACUGAGAGAGGCGUUCGUUCUUGAUGGUCAAUGCACUGGAAAGGGUAACGUGUCGUUGAAGGAUCUGCAGGCACGACCUCUGGAGGUCUUCAUGUGCAGUGUCCUGAAGAAGCAGGGCUAUGGAGAUGGCUUCAGGUGGCUGGCGCAAUACAUCGACUGACAUCUAGGCAGCGGUUCUUUUACUAAACGGACUCCAUCUUUCUGGGGGGGAAUGAAGAAGAUAAGCUAUCAAAUGAAAUGGGCGUUAUCGUCAACCCCCCCCCCCUCCCAUGUGGAAAGAUGUGAAGCUCCAAUCCGCUUUCUGAUUGAGUACAUCUGUCAAUUUCAUCAUUAAUCGGUCAGUUUUAAAGGUUUCUAUCUAUGCAAACUUUUAAAAGUGGUUCAUGGUCACAAGAUUCAAGAUGGGCUUGCGUGUAAUAAAUACUAAGUCCAUUAAUUAUAACGUCAACCCGUUCUCUGGCAUGUAAUUAGAGUAUCCCGAUUCUAUCCCAACAGAUUUGAUCAUAUCUGCAAUUCAAGCUACAAUAUAGGGCAGAUGAUGUGUAACAAUGUAUAACCUUUAUAAGGUAUACUGUGAACUUUUAAAAUUAUUUCUGAAAAAGAUGGACCAAGUAGUUUUUAAAUGAAAUAGAUUAUAAGUGAUAAGGAUAUUUAUGUGAAUGGUGGCAGUACAAUGCUUGUUGCGUGUACAUAGCAGUCCUACCUAGAAUAAGAUGUUCUUAUCACUAAGAGGACAUGAAAGAGAAUAGACUGAGCAUGAUUAUUCCAACAGACCGCGUUCCAAUGCACCGACUAGAACGGUGCAAAUGUUAUCUAAAGUUUAGGGGCCGAGUCCAUUUGACCCGAUUCUGUUUCUAUACAUGGCGUGUAUCCCAAAUGGCAGCAUAUUGACUAUAUAGUGCACUACUUCAGAGAACCCAUACUUUCUAUGCCCCCCCCUGGUGAAAAGUAGUGCACUAAAUAGGGAAUAGGGUGCCAACCCUGGUCAAAAGUAGUGCACUAAAUAGGGAAUAGGGUUGACAUUUGGUACGUAUCCAGGGGGUUUGAGAUCAAUUGUAAUUGUCCAUGCAGCUAUUGCCUUCAAUGCACUCAGCCAAAGACGUAUGCAAACUAUUUUGCAAGUGACUUUGGGAUGUUUACAUAUAAUAGACCUGGGGGGAGGGGUUAUAGUGGUGAUGUAAUGUUCGUCCUACUACAGUUUAAUGAAUGAAUGGCUAUAGUGCCAUGAUAUGCAGGUACAUUGUAACAGGCCAGAACAAGAGACCGCCAUUGCCAUCAUUCCAUGGUAUGCAGCAAUAAAGCGGAAUGACCAUCAGUGGCCACUGCAAUGCUAAUCUUAACAAAAAGGCUAUGCUACUCUACUAACACAGCUCUGGCAGAGGUUUCGUUAAAAAAUAUAAAUUAUUGGUCCCUAUUCAAUCAGGUCUAGUUUAAAAAUCCAUAUAUUGGGUCCUUUUCAAUCAAGUCUGGUUUAAAAAUAGAUGUAUUUGGGCCGUAUUCGAUCAAGGCUGGUUUAAACAAAAUCCUCUUGCAUGCUUGGAGUGACGUACUACUCAAGGAAACACCAGAUAGCCUGGGCACCAGCUUGAAUAGGGCUCUUGGUCCUUGCCCUGUCCUGGUUGCAGACCUGGGUCAUGUUCAUUAGGCACCAAACGGAUGAAAAUGGACUGAAACGGCACUUGGACAAUGGAAAACACUCAUUUUCGUUUUCAGUUACAAUUUUAUAAAAAAUAUGUUUUCCGUUGCGGACCCUAAAAUGAACACGUCCCAGAUAUUUCUAGGUCUACUAGUAAAUCUUCUUUGUCAUUCUAAGCCUCUGUCAUUUGCAACAUUUCUUAUUAUCUUGAUGUCAAUUUAAUUUAAAUCUGAAAUGGCCAUCACUGACAUAUUUUAGUUGAUUAUUUAUUAUCAGAAUGGGAACUAAUGGGAACCGGUACUUCCAGCCAUGUAGGCUAAUACUGCCUUAUAGUUUAAAUAGAGGGGAAUGUUUCGGCAGUCUGAUUCAGCCUUUUGAUGAUCUAAUUGUCACAUUUCCUGUCUGCUGUGUAGGUCAUUUUAUUGAAAUGAUUUCUAAUGUCCAUGAUGUGAAGUAUUGGCUGUGUGAUUCAGACAAAUCUAUGGUUGAAAUGCUGCAGGUACUUCUUGACUAUCAGUCCAAUGAUAUGAGAGUACAUCUGGAGCUCUGAAUCUCUGGGAAUAACAGCCUUUAUAUCAGCCAGCGUUGGGCUCAGUUCCAUUUCAAUUCAGGAACUAAACUGAUAUUCACAUUUAUUCUCAAAGCUUUUUAAUGAGGAAAAAUUGAAUUGGAAUAUCAGUUUCCUACCUGAAUUGAAAUGGAACUGACCCCCAACACUGUAUAUCAGUAUUUAACUAUUGAGUACCAUUAACGUUUCUGUAUUCAUUGUAAAUAAUGUAAAAUGGAGAUGGUUUCUUUGUACAAUUCAUUAUCCUGGAGCUGACAACACACGCAGGCUGUAUCCCAAAUAGCACCCUAUUCCCUACAUAGUGCACUGCUUUUGACUAAAGCCCUAUUGACCCUGGUCCAAUGUAGUGCACUAUAAAGUAUAGGUUGCCAUUUGGCACAUAGACAUUAUUACUGGAUGUACUUAUGAUAACUCAGAUCAUUUUAAUGUGAGAAAUUCCAUAAAUAUUUUUAACAAUCAA